AUGUCUGCACCGGGAGAGCCACCGCUCGUGGCGGAAUUCUCCGACAGGCCAUCGUAUCCUUUAUACACAUGUACACUCUGCGGACGGAAGCCCUUCGCGUCUUACAUUAAGCAUUCCGAAAGCCAAACUCACAAGGACAAAGUGGCUAAUCGGGAAAUGGACAAAAUUGUGAUGAACUUACCGAAUCCUUCUCUAGCUUCCGGAUCAGGAUUGGGCGCAGUUAAUGCAAUGAAUUGGACGAGCGGCGACGGCGGGGACGAAGACGAUCCACCGGAUGACGGAAUUGGAACUCACUCGGAUGAAACAAACAUUUGGAAUCAGGAUGACUCGGCCCUCUUUGAAACCCCAGCCAAUGCUCGUAUUGAGGUUGAGGAGGUUGUUCAAGAAAGGCCAGAUUUGAUCUGGGAUGCUAUCUACAACCUUGGAGUCAGGCAAGACAAUGAGGAUGAGGAUGAUGUAGCUCCUCAAGAGCCCAGAUUUGAAGAACAGGAAGAUGAGAUUGUGUACAAUGAUGAUGAUGGUGAUUUAAAUAAAGAUGAAUCUGAAUCUGAUGAGUGGUACCCAUUUAAAAAGAAGGAGGUGCUUUGA